GUGACAUGGUACUUUUGUUCUCAAGCGAAAUUGUAUAUGACUGUAUUAUAUUACUGCAAAAUUAUGUAAUUGAUGGGUAUUUAGAUACUAAUAGCAUUAGUAUAAUUGUUAGAUAUAAAGUACCUUACUUUCUUUGUGUAUAAACCAGGAAAACGAAAAUUGAUGCUGUUGUUGUCCAUAGUAUGUGGAUACCACAGCUAUAGAUAUUGACUAGACAAUUCAGUGUCUGAAAGAAUCUGAGGCUUCUUUGUAAAGUUUUAAAUGGACGCUGAAUUAGUAAAGCAUGUACAGAGUCAGUAUUAUGCAGUCACAAUACAUCUGUAACCUACAAUAGUCUUUCACUACGAGCUAUAAGCAUAAGGCCCAGUCCUGCAGUUUUUACUUGUGUGCUCAAUCCCUCUGAGCUUACUAAUGUAGUCCUUAAUUAUUCACACAAAACUCUUGUUGAAUGGUAUGGUGUUUUAACCUGAUAAAAAUCUCACAAUCACAUCUCAGAUAGAACUGUUUCUGUUUCUUUAGAACAAAAAGCAGGUUUUGCAGUUGUCAGGCUAUUAAAGGAGCUAAAAACUUUGCUUGUGGGAGCACAGAAGUGUAGGAUGAACCAAAAAGUAAACUUGGCAAACAGCAGAGGUUUGUACUUGGUAGUUUCAUGCAGAUGUUUGAAUGUCUGUAUGAUUUUCUUUUGUUUGUUUGUUCCUGACACAAAUGGGAACAAUCUUCCCAGGAGCAAGAGCUGAACAAAAGAGUGUGCUGUGUAACUCAUUUGUUUUCUCUUUUGGAUUUCAGAUGGUUGAAUUAUAACUAGAAAGGCUGGGGACCCAGUUUUUUCAUUCUUUUCUAUCCACAAUCAUGUUUUAAAACAGGAGGGAAAAAGCUACAAUGCUCCCUAUGCAAUGUCUCCCACCCUUCACUCUGUCUAGCCCGCUAGUUACUAUGUCUGUUGAGUGUUGGAUGCUGCAGGAACUUAAAGCCUGGAGAAUAAAACAGAGAAGCUGCACUUCCACAUGGAUACCAUAUUACAGCUGCAUCUCGCCAUGCAGCAAGAAGUAGAUGUGUGCCUACAGAACUGUAUGUCCAACAGAAGAUCUGAUGUGAUGUGAAGAGCUGAAAACAAGUUUUCCUAUUCCCAUAGCUUUUUAUUUGGAGGGGGACAAUUUAGCCCUUUGUUCCUUUUAAGAAGAACAAUUGUUUUCAUUAGACAAAUGAAAGAGAACUCACAGAAGAGAUGGACAAGGGAAGAGAGUUUUAGAUGUUCUCACAGUGGCAUUGUAUGCUCUUUUCAACUUUUUAGAAACUCCUGUUCUCCAACGAAAUUCAUUUAAUCUGUCACUCACCGGUACUCCCAAAUACAAGGCUUCGCUGACUCAGUUAAAAGCUUUCAUUUGUACAAAUAAGACCAAUAUUGAGUGUUGCAGUUAGAAAAUGUACGGGAAAUAGAGUAUUUUUAGUAAGGUAGCUUACCAGUAUCUUAAGAUAGACUGAUUGGUAUGUAUCUAAAUCCUAUAAUUUUUUACUUUGCAGUUUAUUUUUUAAAAGUAAAAUAGAUGGGGCUGUAAGAAACUUGCAGUGUUGUAAUGCUGUAGUGUCAUGAUUUGGUCAAGCAGUCUCAAGCACUGCACUGCCAAAACAGGCAGCAUGGCCUACUCCUUAGUUCCAGGCGUGUUCCACUCCUCCUCUUUUGGCAAAAGCAGUGCUUGUAUAGUUGCACAAUAAGUUGGUCAAGGAAAUGAUCUCUGAAAGGUUUUAUGCCUUCCUGCACCCUCCCUUCCCCCAGUAGUUUUCACUUUCUUUUGUCAGCUUGCUGGGCAGGCUUUGUACUAAUAAGAGAAUGAUGAAUAUAUUUAUAUACAGUGGAAACCUCUUUUGGAAACUGCAGAUUUACAUGAAUCAUCCUAAAUAUCAGUUCUUCAGACCAGCAGUGUGAUGGAAUGUGUACUGCAGUCAGACUGAACUGAAAUAUUGUUUGUUUUAAGAAGCAAAUCCAAAAAUAGAAAAAAUAAAAUUCUAAUCUAAAUCACCACAUCUUGGAGAUAGAUAGAAAAUAUUCAUUACAGAAAGACUGGAAGAACUAGGAUGUUACACAGUUAAUGCCUGCAUCCUUCUAAUGAGUUUGUGUCCAUCAGGUUGGGUAACACAGUGACCUUGCUCCAUCUAGUGAUUCAGAGUAAACAGAGAUCACGAGACUAGAUUUUUGAGUGCAUACAGGUAUUGUAUGUUUGUAGUGAGAUCAAUCAGACUGCAAUGCUCUGUGAAUAGGUGCAAAAUUCAGUGCAUGUUGCUUAUUAAAUUGCUGAACUGCCCCAUGCUAAUUGACUGCUAUGGUUCCUCUGCUGGGACAAGGAAGUUGUGGACUAUGGCAGACAUUGGGUCUGAAAGAUACACAUUCAGUUUCACUAUUCGUGAUUCACCGACUUACUUUAUUAAUGUCAAUUCUUGGGGCAGAGAAGAAUAUAUCAGAUCGCUUUCAGAAAGCUUUAGAGUUGGUGACUGUGUUACAAUUGAAAAUCCUUUAGUCCAGUCAAAGGAUGGAGAAAAGGAAGAAAAAUUCAACCCCAUAACUCCGAGUUGCUACAAAUUACUGAUCAGUGAAAAUCAUUCAGUUGUCAAAACUUCUUCAUGCUAUGAAAUGGACACAAAACUACUUUCUCUGUUGCACCUACCUGUCAAGGAUCCUCAGGAUUAUUAUUCACUGGGUGAUAUCACUGCAAAUGGACAGAGCCUUGAUGGAAGAAUUCUUAAUGUUCUUGCAGCUGUAAUGUCAGUUGGUGAGCCAAAGUAUUUCAUAACUUCAGACAAAAGAAAAGGUCAGAGGUGUGAAGUAAAGCUCUACGAUGAAACAGAGAUGUCUUUUCCAAUAAUAUGUUGGGAUAAUGAAUCUAUCCAGCUUGCACAGAGUUGGAUCCCUCGAGAAACAGUAAUAUUUGCAUCAGAUGUGAGAGUAAAUUUUGACAAAUUCAGGAACUGUAUGACUGCAACUGUGAUAUCAAAGACCAUUAUUACAACUAAUCCAGAAACUGCAGAAGCAAAUGUUCUCUUCAGCUUCAUAAGAGAGAGUGCACAAACAGGAGCUUUGCAUGAUAAAAUGGAGGAGCAAUCAAAAGAGUCCAUUAACUUGGAGACUAUAGUUGAUGUUUAUACUGUGAAGCAGCUGAAAGAAAAAGCUUUACAGAGUGAUGGAAAACCUGAACCAGUCUUUGGCAUUAUUUAUGGCUACAUUUCCAUGCUGGACAUUGAUGAUAAUGUAUCUAAAGUUAUUCGCAACAGAUGUUCAGUGUGCCGUUUUGUGGUGAAUGAAAUGUCAAACACAUGCACCUUCUGUGGUGACAUCUCUUCAGAUUCAAAGUCAACCUUUGUGAGCUUUGACAUCCUCGUUGAUCUGACAGAUCAUACAGGCACUCUUUAUUCUUGUUACCUCUCUGACUGCGUAGCUGAGGAAACCUUAGGCUGCACUGUCCAGGAGUUCCUCACUCUAGCAGAAGACAAGAGGACUGCACUGAAAUGGCAACUGCUAUUAGAACGGAGCAAGAUUUAUUUUAAGAUAACCUUGUCACCCAAUUGGAGAAGUGGUCUGAAAGCAAAUAUACUUUCAUGCAAACUAGCGAAUCCUAUAGAGGCAAGUCAGAGCCUGCUGGGAAAAAAGCUGCAGCACGUGGCUUGGUAACAGCUGGGAAAAGACCAUUUCUUCGCUAUAUUUUUAGAGGUAGAAGGUUGUUGUCAUCAUAUUUUGCUAAGGAAUAUGCAUUACUAAUGGUUGUAAUUGGGCUUCUGUGGUGAUGUUUUUAAGGUGAUUAUACUUUGAAAAGUGUAGUAGGUCCACAGCCUAAGAAAAGUUAGUUCUACUGAAUUCAACUCUUUAGAAGGGAGGUGGAAGCCUUCUUCACUCAGUUUGGGAAAUAUGGGAAAUUUCUGAAAAAUCAGAAAUUACAAUUAGUACAGGACAGAUCUCUUGAACUUUGUUUUUUAACUGCUAUACUACUGUUGUGCUACUUCUACGUUACUUAAGUAAAUAAAGGCCCACUUUCAAAUA